AGAGAGCGUUCUACUCGUUUCCGGCGUGUGACCGACCUCGCGUCCUCGAACAGGGACAUCAGUUCAGGCUUUCACUUCAGGUAGUUAACUUGUUGGCUAGUUUCAAACUCGCAGAAAUGGUUUUUGAGAGAAAAAUGCUCACGUCCGGAGACCCCGACGAAGAGGAGGAUGCUCCUGCUGAGGAAGAAGAGGAGGAAGAAGAGGAGGAAGAAAUGGUGGACCCCUUGGAAACGAUACGAUCCAAAUGUGAGCAGACUGAGCACUGUGUGCACCUGAAGGAGCGUCUGGAGGUGUGUGAAGCCAGGGUCAGCUCCAGGUCCAGCACUACGGAGGAGUGCACAGAAGAGCUCUUUGACUUCCUGCACGCACGGGACCACUGUGUGUCACACAAGUUGUUCCACAAUGUGAAAUGACCUCCCCCCCCACCCCACCCAAUGCAGCUGUAGGAUCCUGAUCGACUAAGCAGCCACCAUGAUGCAUGCUUCUCAUAAUCAUGUUAGGGUUGAUGCAUGUCCUCUGUAAUCAUGUGCUCUUAAUACCAUUGUUAUUCAUCAACACUGCUGCUCCCAUCCCUGGUGCAGCAGUGUUAGAAAUCAGUCCAGAGUUAAGGUGGCGCUCCAGGAUGAAACGUUUACCUCAGGGUUUGGCCUUGGAAUCACUGUUCAGACUUAGAAAUAAAUAUUUUCCUCUUA